AUGGAUCUGUACAAAGCAGCUCUUCUUCUGGGAGCUCUGAUAGGCACUGCAACUGAACCUCCCGCCAUCAUCCCAGAGCUCACCUGUGUAACAGGUAAAGGUGAAGCGUACCAAGGCACAAUAGCUGUGACAGUGUCUGGAAAAACAUGCCAGAGAUGGUCCACUCAGACGCCACACCGACACGAUCUUACACCAGAAAACUACCAAUGCGAAGGUCUCGAAAACAACUACUGUCGUAAUCCGGACAACAGCGAUAAGCCCUGGUGUUACACCACUGACCCUCAGACUCGAUGGGAGUACUGCAAUGUACCGAGCUGUGGAACUGUACAAGAACACUGUAUGGAGUGCAUUGGUGAGAACUACAGAGGACGAGUCUCCACAACAGAGAAUGGCUACACUUGCCAACGCUGGGAUUCUCAGACACCACAUAAGCAUGACUUCAAACCCAGCGUUCAUCCAGAGAAGAAUCUAGAGGAGAACUACUGCAGAAACCCAGACAGUGGCCCCCGGCCCUGGUGUUACACCACCAACCCCAACAAACGAUGGGAAUUCUGCUCUAUACCACGAUGCUCAACUAUACCUCCACCCAUUCGCCCAGAGCUCACCUGUGUAACAGGUAAAGGUGAAGCGUACCGAGGCACAAUAGCUGUGACAGCGUCUGGAAAAACAUGCCAGAGAUGGUCCACUCAGACGCCACACCAACACGAUCGUACACCAGAAAACUACCAAUGCAAAGGACUAGAAAACAACUACUGUCGUAAUCCAGACAAUUCCGACAAGCCCUGGUGUUACACCACUGACCGUCACACUCGAUGGGAGUACUGCAAUGUACCGAGCUGUGGAACUGCACAAGCAGGCUAUACGCCUUGCCACACCUGGCUGCCAAUCACAUGA